CGCUGAUAUCACAGGGACCGCAUUGUGCUGCAGCCCCCUGGCAGCCACGAAUUCUCGUCUUUUUGCAUUUUCACAACGACAUUUCUACUCUAUUGGAUAGUCGAGAUUCUGAUUUUGUGCUAUCUACCAUACAUGCUGAAAUUAUGGCGAACGCGGACGUGCUACUCCCGGCGAGCAGCGCCGAUGAAUGGGAGAGGGCAUUUGCAGCUGCAAAUGGAGGAAAGAAGGCCGGUCGUGACGAUAUCAAACAGAACCCAGAAAUUGCUGCGAAGUACAAAGCGUAUGCCCGCCUACGGUCAGAAGAAUCGUCGACAAAUCGAAAUGGGAAGGCAGAAAAAGAAGCUUCGAAGAAGAGGAAACAUGGCUCUCCUACGGGGCCUGGGAAUGCACUCAAUGCCACGACGCCACGAAAGGCAGCCAGAGGAGACAUGCUCACUCCGCAGAAGUCUCGAUUGUUUGACGUUCAUCCAUCUCAACUGGACCCUUACGAUUCGCCUUCCACGUUGCGUAGGCUCUUCAGCCCGAGUACACAUCGACAGACGUCGGCGUCGCCCUUACCACUGAAAACCGCAAUCGGUCCUACACCGCAGAGAGAUGGGAAGGCACUGGGGCUAUUCGAUCUAUUGUCUGCAUCAGGUGGUAGCACUGCGACACCAUCAGCGAAACGCGUAUCAGACGUCACAGCAGCAAACAUACAGACUCCGUCAAGAAAAAGGAUGGAUACCAUCAAGGAAGGAGAAGAGGAUGAUGAUGACGAGGAUAACUUUCUUUUCAAACGCACGCCAGCCUCAGAAAGCAAGAGAUUUCUACUGUCCAACUUCUUUGCCACACCAACGACUAUGCGCUACGCUGCGAUGGUUGAAGAGGAGGAGGGAUUGCAGAACAAGGGUGUUGGUCAGACAGCCCCCAAUGACUUAGGAUCUGAAGAGCGAACUUCUGAGACGCCGUCUUUCCUGAGACGGUCUACCUCCGGCCGUAUGGGCCCACCAGAUGCUGCUCCAGGUGCAUCGGGAUUGAGUCCGGUUGCGGUGCGCAAGCCACCGAGAUUAUUUGGCAAGAGCCUUAGUGCGUUGGUGCAGGGACUUCGUGACAUGGAGGAAGAACAAAUGGACGAUGACUGGGAAAUUCUCAAAGAGAUUGAAGCUGAGCAACUCGCGGAAGCAACCGCAAACGAUGUUCAAGAGGGUGAUAGUCAAGCUCCUGAAACACAACAAACAUGGAAGAAGAAGGGCCAGAAACGAACAACGCGACGGGUGAUUAUGAGGCCUGUUAUAUCGAAACCGAAACCAGCCCCUGAAUGGAAGGCUCCUGGAGACGGUGCAGAGAGUGAAGACGAGAGUGGUGUACCGGGGACGCAGGUUGAGAAGCAGAACGGAGGCCAGGACGAAAGCGCAAAUGAUGUAGCCUCGGACCCCGAUCCAGAUUCAGACCCAGACUACGACGGGGAUGACAGCAGCGUCAAAAAGACAUCGAGCUUUUCAGAAAAGAUGAAGGCGGCGUUUUCAUCUGUCCUUAACAUCAAGAAUAAUGACAAAAGCGCCGUAUCAGCAACCCCCGAGGACGGAAAACCGAAGAAGCCUGCAGCAAGGAAAGUUAAUCCUGAAGCACACGCGAACUAUAGAUCACUAAAGAUUCGAAACAAGAAUUCGAAAGGGAGAGGAAGAUUCGGUCGACGGAGAUAGAUCCGUUGUGGGAGGUGCAUAACAGCAUCUGCCUUUUUUUUUUAAUGCUUAUGACUGACGACAACUUUUGCAUACCCGGAUCCUUAUACAAGCAAAUAGAAGUUUUGGAGA